UUCUGUCUGCAGAACUGUGACAACUCAAGACAUGGAGGAAAAAGAGAGCAGGACGGUCACCAACUUUGCACCAGACCCAGGGGGUGCAGGAACAACACAAGCUGCCUCACGCGCCCAAAGCCAAGAGACGGUAAUGAGCAGGCAAUUGACUGAACAGAGCCGAUUUGCCUAUGCUGCACUGUGUGGAGUCUCUCUGGGCCAAUUGUUUGCUGGAUCUGAGAACAGUGUGUUUAGGGAGGAGUACCUGCGGGGCUUGGUCCACUGGUUGGACUUAGAUGAAUCUGUGAUGCCAGUUAUGGGGGCUUUCCUAUCAGGCCUGGGCUUUGAGGGCUCGGACACCUUUCUCUCUGUCCUACAGGCCGAACCUCUGCUUGCUGCAGAGUCUACCCCCAUCAUACAGGAUCUUGUGUCCUUUUCUGUCAAAGACGGCCAAUAUGAUGCGAGAGCGAGGGUUCUCAUCCGUCACGUCAGUUGUCUGCUACGAGUGUCUCCCCAGCAGUUGGAGGAGUUUGAGGAAACACUAGGAGAGAAGCUGAGGGAAGCAGGAGAGGAGAGCGAAGAGGAGUCCUCCAGGCGGCGGAAGAGAGAAAGAGGACGGAAGCUACGACGAUAUCUCCUCAUCGGACUUGCCACCGUGGGUGGAGGGACUGCUAUCGGUGUGACAGGUGGACUGGCAGCCCCUUUGGUGGCAGCAGGAGCCGGUGCUGUGCUAGGAGCUGGAAGUGCUGCUGUUCUGGGCUCAGCCACUGGCAUAGCAAUCAUGGCCUCUCUGUUUGGAGCAGCAGGGGCUGGACUCACUGGCUACAAGAUGAAUAAGUGUGUAGGGGCAAUAGAAGAAUUUGAAUUCCUGCCUCUGAGUUCUGGGAAGCAUCUUCACCUUACCAUUGCAGUGACAGGCUGGCUCUGCAGUGGUAAAUACAGUUCAUUCCAAGCCCCAUGGUGCAGCUUGGGCGAGUGUGGGGAACAGUACUGCCUGGUGUGGGAGUCACGUUUUCUCAGGGACCUGGGAUCUGCCAUGGCCUCUCUGUUGGAUGGGCUGGUCAGCAUGGUGGCCCAGGAAGCCCUCAAGUACACAGUGCUCUCAGGCAUUGUGACAGCUCUGACGUGGCCUGCGUCUUUGCUGGCUGCAGCCAGCGUCAUUGACCACCCAUGGUGUGUUUGUCUGAACCGCUCAGCUGAGGUGGGCAAACACCUGGCUCAGGUUUUGAGGAGCAGACAGCAGGGAAAGCGACCUGUUAGCCUCAUAGGUUUCAGCCUUGGAGCUCGAGUUAUCUACUACUGUUUGCAGGAGCUGGCCAGUGAUCAAGGCAGUGAGGGAAUGGUGGAGGAUGUGGUGCUCUUGGGAGCCCCAGUGGACGGCUCUGAGAAAGCAUGGGAGAAAAUGACCAAAGUAGUGGCUGGAAAAAUCGUGAACGGAUACUGCAGAGGGGACUGGCUCCUGGGGUUCCUGUACCGAAGCUCAGCUGCACAGCUGUCUGUUGCUGGGCUACAUCCAAUCAACAUCCAGGAUCGGCGCAUAAUCAAUGUGGAUCUGUCCUCCGUGGUCAAAGGUCACUUGGACUACAUGCGGCAGAUGGACACCAUCUUGGUGGCAGUGGGAGUUCCCACCAAAGAAGUCCCUGGAGCCUCCUUUGCUCUUCUUCGGUCCGUAACAAAGGAUACACCGGACACCCCUGACCAAAGCGACAAUGAGCAGCAGGUGACCCAGACACAGAACCCAGCUGAGAGGGCUGACGCAGAAACAAGCAGAGAGGUGGCGGAGACUGAGGAGUCGGCUGACGGCUGGGACAUCCCUGAUAUUUCAGACCUGCUGGACUCAUUAAACGACACAGAAUCAGACGGUCAGAUCAGGAUACAGAACAAUUUAUCACUUGCACCUAAGGAGAAUACCUCUGAUGACACCACGACAGCUGAUGCUCAGUGUGACAGUUCAGAGGAGGCUGACCAGGAUAAUGAACACAUAUCCUGGAGCUGGGACGAUAUGCACUGGACUACUGAGCGCUCACAUGAAAACUUGUAAAGAGCAUGUUACAGGACCAGCUGCUUCCUUAUUAGAAUCUCAUGCAUUCUCAACACAGUGACAUGUCAGAGACUGCACAAGAGUCACAGCACACAUGACAGUUUCUAGUGGAAACCCCUGAAUGAAGUGCUUUAUUUAGCUACUUAAAUCUAUUUUUAGUGCAUUAAUUUAAUAAUAAUUUAGAAUGUUGUAGACAACAUUGUUUUUAAGUCCUAAUUUAUUUUUAAACUUGCUGCGAGAGCUAACACACAGAUGUGUUGUGUAGAUGUGUUUUGCAGGUUUUAGUGAAUGCUACAAAUCAGUUCUUAUUUGUAUCCAUUAGCCUGGUUGCUAUGGAUAUUAUCACAGUAAUUCAAUUUUCCAUAAGACUGGAAGCAAUUUAGUGGAUGCGCCUUCUUCAAGGUCCUAAGUUUCUCUGUUGUGUUCAACCCGUAAGAAUGAGACAGUGUUUCGUCACAUUGUAUACUGGCACUGAUAAUUGUGAACUGUGGUUACCCUGACCGUGUAGAAAAAGUGUCUGAAAACACAUCUUGAAUUCUGUGUUGGGGAAAAAAACUGAAGCUUACUGAAUCGAGUUCAUGGAUAUUUUUCUGUGACCAUAAAAAAUCAAUUUUAAAUUAGA